GCCGAACAGCUGACUGCUGAAUUAAAAUGGCUUCCAGCGGCUGGUCUGAAAAAAUCCUGCAUCUGCUUCGACGAAUGAACAACUUUUAUUUAGCAGGUUCUGGUCGGUCCAGCUGCUUCAGGUUUGAGAUAGACGGAGCCCAGGUUGGCUGGAUUCCUCCUCAUGUAGCCUCCCUGCUCACACCAUACACUGAUGUGUUCUCCCCACCACAAGAGGGCGCUGUGUCGCUCUGUUCCAGCCUGGGCUGCUAUGAUAGAAGGUCAGAGGCCGUGGAUGAAGUUCUACAGAAGCUCAGACAGGAGAGCUCCCUAAGCUGCCUCAGAGGAUGGAGGGAUGAGAGGUACAGUGUGAAGCCCAGGUUCUCUGAUCAGCCUCUGAUGUGGAUGGAAAGAGCAGCUACAAGUCUUUUUGGUGUCAAGAGGUAUGGAGUUCAUAUCAAUGGAUACACCAUCAGUGACAGCGGGGAGAUAAGCAUGUGGCUAGCCCGGCGCUCUGCUACCAAGCAGACGUAUCCUGGACUGCUGGACAACAUGGCGGCUGGAGGUCUGGCUGCUGAUGCUGGAAUCAAAUACACUCUGAUUAAAGAGUGUGAAGAGGAGGCAUGCAUCCCAGCAGACAUAGCCAUAAAGGCUCAUCCCGUAUCAACUGUGAGCUACACCUAUGAAGAUGAAGAGGGGGUGUUCCCAGAGAGCCAGUUUGUCUUUGACUUGGAGCUCCCUCUGGACUUCAAGCCACGCAUAGGAGAUGGAGAAGUUCAGGAAUUCUACCUGCUGCCAAUAGAAAAGGUGAAGGAACUGCUAGCCACUGAUGACUUCAAGCCCAACUCUGCCAUGGUCGUCCUAGACUUCCUCAUCCGACACUCGUUUGUUGAACCGGACACAGAGCCAUAUUAUCAAGAAUUUGUAACAGGACUCCAUCAAACCUUAUAGACAAGAAACGCCACCUUGGUUUCCACUCGGUGGUGUGGAUUCAGUAACCGGAGGCAGAGCGUCGAGGGCAGUGAAUCAGAUGAGGACAGGAACGGAUCCUGACCAUCUCAACACUGGGAGGGCUUCUGUAUAAAGAGAGGACAGCAUAUCCUAACUGUCAAAGUUUAGCUUACUUCAAUGAGCGAUGCUCAGUGCUCACACAUGUUCAGAUCAAAUGCAAAGGAUGAAUUGAAGUAGAAGGUUUUAUGCAUAAAUUCAUAUCUCUGUUUAACUGCAAAAUUUCUUACAAACUGCAAAUGAUGAAAAAAAGAUGAGAAGGAACAUUGAACCAAUGAAACGCCUCUUAAAAUGUUGAAUUGUUUAAAUGGUUUAAAAGUUGUUGGCUUUUUUUGAGUGAAAUUACCUUUUCGUCUUUGGUAGAAGUUAUUUAAAGGAAUUCAGAAUUCAAAUUUCUGAAAGUACUUUAAAUAUGAAGUUAUUACAUACUGUUCAAUAAAUGAUAAGCGUUUCUUUUUUUU